GGCAGUGAUCCUCUGCGUGAGCCAUCUAUAGAUUUCCAGACCGUUUUCUCAACCGCCCUAAAAAAAAUGUCUGCUGACACCUCUGCCGCCUGGCCUCUUGCCGACGAGGCUCUUACCCAGAGCCUGCUCGACCUCGUUCAGCAAGCUGCGCACUACAGACAGCUUAAGAAGGGGGCUAACGAAGCCACCAAGACCCUCAACCGCGGAACUGCCGAGCUCGUCAUCCUCGCUGCCGACACCACUCCUCUGGCCAUUCUCCUUCACCUCCCUCUUCUCUGCGAGGACAAGAACACCGCCUACGUCUUUGUGCCCUCCAAGAUGGCUCUGGGCCGUGCGACCGGCGUGUCCCGCCCCGUGAUUGCGGCCAGCAUCACCACCAACGAUGCCAGUGAUCUUGCUGCGCAGAUCCGCACCAUCAAGACCCAGGUCGAGAGACUGAUGAUCUAGACGCUGUCGGACAAGGUACAAGAUGGAUUUCAGGAUAGCUACAGGGAGUUAUGUGUUGCUGGAAACGCAACCUUAACUUUUUUUCUUAUACAUUGAAUUCCAUCAAGUGUAUCCAUC